GUCACUUACCCGUUUCGUCCGGCUAUGUUGUGUUUGUUUUGGAAUGUUCUCUGUUCCAUCUUCAAGGUAUCCUUUGUAAGAUCCCCUUUUUUUCGCCAUUGUAGCUGGCUAGCUACGUUAGCUGCGUGCGAGAACCGAAAAGCGAUGUUACCUUUAUGUUGUGUAGUGUGCGCAUGCGUGCCAAAAUAUCAAUCCCAGAAUUCCCUUCAAGAGCGGGAUUUCGGUCAUUUCACGGCGUGGGUGCACGUUAGCAAAAAUUACAAUCUGAACAUGGACUACAAGUACGCUUUGUUUUAUUUUAAAAAUGACAAAAAAGUUGAAGUGGGCUCGGUAACCCAAAUUCAACCCGACGAUUUGGAGGGCUUAGACCCAGUGAUAGAAGAAUGUCCAGACCUUCAAAAUGACGAUGGAUGGAUCCAGGUCAGGUGGAAGGUGUUUGAGGGGAAAAAGAAGACAGAAAGUAGCUACGAGGCCAAAGUGUUGCUCUUCGGUAAUGACUACCCUGAUUUAUGCCAGAAACGAGAGGAGUUUGGCAGAAAGGGCUCCAACAUUUGGGACACUUCCCGCAAGCGAAUCCCCCCAAAAAAUUAACUGAGGAGGAGGAGGAGAUUCGGCCCAAAAAACCGAAGAAGGUGUCAUCGACAGCCCAGAGCCAGAAGGACAAGAAAAAAGCUUCGUCGGACAUGGUCGAAAAAUUGAAGGAAGAACUAAUGUCCACUAGGCAAGAGCCUGAGGAGAUGGAGGACGAGGCAUUGGAUGAACCAGAGGACCUGACCCACCCCCCCCUCCCCCGGACGUGGAGCCAGGCCAUCAUGGAAAAUCGGCGACUUCGAGAGUUAAACGAAGAACUAAAAGAAGAAAACCAGAACCUGAAGGGGGAGCUACUCGAUGCAGCCAGAGAGCUUCCAAAGGCUGUGAGGCAUCUGAAAAAGAUGCUGGAACGGGUUCAAGCUAGCCAGCAAGAGCACCCAAGCACCACAGCUGCAGCAGUGAUGUCAUCACCAACAUCUGCACGUGCUGCAAUGUCAUCUCCAACAUCUCCAGCUGCAAAACCAGUGAGGUGUCCAUCUGCUGAAGAGUCAUCUAAUGAGUCUAACAACAUGGUCUGUCUUGUGCCAGGUUCCGAUGUUUAUGUCUCAAAAGUCAAGCUGAGCGCACUACGCUCAACGACACAUGCGUCUUACAUUGGGGACCUGGCCGUUGUAGUCUUUGGCAGGGAUGCCCUGUCCAGCUUGACAGGCAGACAGUCUGCGGCGCACAAGGAGCUAGAAUGCAAGCCGUCAUUGGAUAGGGGAAAACUCGAAGCCUUAAUUGGGCAUGCCCGGAUCAAAUUUCCGUCUGUUUCCGUGUCUGAGGUGAGGCGUAUCAUCCGUCAGAAGUGUAACAACUUGGCCUAUACGUCCAAAAAGUAUAAGGUGAUUCAUUGAUCAUCCUUUUUUUUUAAGAUUUAUUUUUGGGCACCAGAGCGUGCUGCGCUAACCACUGCGCUACGUAGCCGCACAUUUAUCCAUUUUGAUUAAGAAAAAAAAAAAAAUUAGUGUGCAGCUGUCUAUUUGUGAACAUUCUGUUACCUUGCUGCAAGAAAUGUUUACUUGUUUAUUCAACUUGUUUACCCAAUAAAACAGU